AUGGCUGCAGUCCUCAUAUCUUCUCUGGGCACCUUUGGGAUGCAGUUUGACACCAACAUGAUGACAAACAGGACGCGGCAAACACUGGCGGCUGGCCUCACUGAGAUCGUAUCCCUUAUCGAUACAGAAAAAUGGCGGUUGUUCUGGAUCGCAGAACGAUGGUGGGGUUGCUACAUCAUCGACAUGGCAGUCAAUUUAAUCAUCACAGUUGAGUUCGUCGUGAGGUUUUUUGUGUGUCCAUACAAGAAGCAGUUCUUGAAAUGCGCGGGUACCAUCGCGGAGAUCAUAAUUCUGAUGACGUAUUUUUUAGGAAUGAUCAUGACCUGGGCCUUGUCAUCUAACAGGAGUAGUCCUGCGCUGCAAUGGAUAUGGCUUAUUAUGCUGUCGCUGCAAAUCCUCCGGCCGCUGAGGAUGAUCCGCUUAGCCAAAGUCAAUAUCGGGGUCCGAGUGCUUCUGUUAGUCCUCAGGAAAAGCAGCUCUGAGUUGUUUACCGUCCUCAUAUUUCUCGGCAUCGGAACGCUGCUUUUCUGUUUCUUGAUCUUCGCAGCGGAGAUAGGCGUUGAGGAGAACUACCCGUCGAUCUGGUCCGGCGCCUGGUGGGCCGUCAUGACAAUGACCACAGUCGGUUACGGCGACAUCUACCCCAAGAGCACUUUCGGAUACCUGGUCGGCACAGCUUGCGCGAUCAGCGGGAUGGUCAUUGUUGGCUUCUCUAUACCGAUUCUCAGCAGCAACUUCAACAUGUAUUAUGGCCAUGUUCAUAUCGCCGAGGAAAAACUGGAAGAAAAGAUGAAGAAAGUCAAGCAAGUACUUGGUCCAGAUAAAUAUAAUCACAACGGGAUUGCAAAAACGGAAUGGGCAUACACCGGGACGAUAGCGACAAAAUAA